AUGGAGGUUUCUGACGGCGCAAACGAUGUCGUCCACCCUGAAGUUCGGGCUCACAUCAACAGUCUAGUCUCGGCACUCGGUGGCUUUAGCGCAGACGAUGAUGGCCGCUACAAGCUUGGAGACGAUGCAUUGGAAGUACUCCGGGACAUGAAAAAAUGGAUCCGGUUCUACGACGAGAAAACAAAUCGCAUGGACGUUGCCCGCUGUCUUUCCGAAGCCAACAUCGUUGGCGGCGAUCUGCUGCACAUCCUCGCGACAUGGCCCGAGGCCCAAUCCGACAGCAAGUUCAAGGCGCGCGUGGCCCUUGCCUGCUACGAGAUCAUGACCCCUCUCACCUGGCCCAUCGAGAAAGACCCGGAGCGGACGACCGUCAACCACUACCGCCACAUGCCUGUACUUCAACUUGCGCAGUUGGGUUACAAGCGCGACAUUAUCAACUUUGACGGGGCUCAGAUACUGCACACUGCUAUCAGGGUUGCACUGCCAUCUAUGGCUGUCCCGAUAGGGGAUCGGACCGCGCGAGACCAGGGGAUAAUCAAGCUCGUGUUGUACUUCCUGCGCAACAUCGCCAUGAUAGCACCUCCCCCGGGUCUCAAGUAUGACGGGGAUGAGUCGCAGAUUUCUCGAUCAGCGACCAUCGACGCGUUUUCAUACCAGGACAUCUUUCUCGCCAUCUUGACAAUAGCCUCCAACAUGGGCGAGGAUUUCAGGACCGAGGACGUGAUUAUCAUGGAGAUCAUUUUCCACCUGGUCAAGCGCGUCGACAUACGGAAGCUUUUUCUGGAUGGUGAGGCUCUCAGCAAAGCCAAGGGUGAAGAUUUGGUUGCCCUGAUCAAUAAGGAAAAGUCCAUGUUGCGAGAGCAGAACAAGCGAGCUCCGACGCGGCACAAUCGCUUUGGAACCAUGGUCUGGGUGCAAAGAGCAGAUGGCAGAAUGUCAGCAAUAUCUGGGCAGGAUGCUCUUCGAGACUCUGCAACGCGGGAGCGCAAGAUGGACGACAGCAAGACUUUCAGACCGCCCAGGAGAUCCAGGAAAGCCGAGAUGGAACCCAAAGACCUGGGACCGCCUGUGUCUCUAAACGAGAGGGCCAAUAAGCAACUUAGGGGCUUUGUUGAAGAGUUCCUCGAUUCGGGCUUUAAUCCAUUGUUCCAGCACAUACGAAAGACCAUCGACAGAGAGGCCCCUUACUUGCUCCACCAGCAUCGAGCACAGUUCUUCUACCUCACGGCCUGGUUUCUCGAGGCUGAACGUGAGAGGAUCAAGACGGCCAAAAAGCAGGGAUCAAGCGUCUCGCAAGACGACGUAUCCCCCUUUAACCUCGUGGCGGGGGUCUUGAACCAGGAGAUGUUUAUCACGCUCAGCCGGGCGAUGGAUCGCGCCUACAACGACAAGGAUUGGCAGGAAUUGACCACGGUGAUGCGUUGCUUCAGCCAGAUCUUGCUUACCGUUCAAGAUAUGGCAGACUCGGGUGAUGAGGAGAACGAAGAUAUUGCCGAAAACAUUCUGAAUCGUCUCUUCUAUGAAGAGGCUACCCAUGAUGCAAUCGCCAACAUCGCCAGGAACUUCAAAGACCAAGGUUUUGAAUAUCUGGAUGCUUGCACGGAACUCAUCCACACGUAUCUCCGCAUCCUGGAGUCAUACUCAAAACAAAACGUUGACAUGCAGGUCCGGUCCCGCAAAAGGACACGUAAGAAAAAGAAGGCCGCCAAAGCUGCUGGCGAAGACGGCGAUGCAGCUGGCGACACUAGGAUAGACGACGGUGACGACUCGGCCAACGAUGAAGCAUCUGCGGAGAGGACCAGCAAAGAGCGCAAGUUUGACUUUGGGCGGUUCGCCAUGCGUUUUAUCCCGCAAGGUGUCGUGGAUACAUUUGUCCAGUUCACCAAGUACUAUCGAGACCUCGACGAAUCGCAGCUCAAGCGAGCCCACCGCUACUUCUUCCGUGUUGCAUUCAAGCAGGACAUGAGCGUCAUGCUCUUCCGUGUAGAUAUCAUUCACCUCCUUUACAACAUGAUCAAGGGACCCGAGGCUCUUGAUAAGGGCUCCCCUAUGUUCAAAGACUGGGAGGAGCUCGUAAAGCAAAUCAUUCGCAAAUGUGUGCGGAAGAUCGAAGAACGGCCGGCGUUGAUUAUUGAAAUGCUUUUCUCCAAGAUAAACAGCACAGCACACUACCUGGAGUUUGGCUUCGAGAAGCAAACCAUCUCAGGCGCGGCCAACCCUCGGCCUGGCGCUGAGCUCGAGUUCAAGAAGCAAGAUCUGAGCCUCGAGCAACAGAUAGCCAUUGCGGUUGGAGUUUUACUGGACAAGAAUCAGGCCGAUCAUCUUACUUGGGUGAAAAAGGUGCUGAGCAACGCAGAGACAGAGCGCCGUGCGUGGGAGACUGCUCAAAAUGCACUUCCCUCUGUGGAGAGCCAAAACGUAGAGGGUGAAGUCGAGAAUGACACGUCUGCUGCGCCCUCGAUACCCAAAGACAACACGCCUACCAUCAUCCGCCCCGACCAUGAUGGACGCCGAGGUGCAAUGUUCAAGAACCCACAUCUCCGACUUCUAAUGCGUCUAGUCGGCUUUGAGCGACUGGCACCGAGCGAGGCUGAAACACCCGAGUCGGCCUGGGUAAUACCUGCACAUUUAAGCGCCGACCAACUUCAAGAGGCAGUCGGUCACAUCGCCGCCGCGGAGUUCAAUCCACCCGUCUUUGAUGAUGGUAAAUCUGCAGAAGACCAGCUGCGACGCAAGUCGGCCGGCACAUCAUCAAGGCGGAGGAGGGCCGCUUUUGACGAUGACGAGGAAAACGAUAUUGAUAACGAAGAUGACGACGGUCUAGAGGAGUUCCUUUUCGAGCCAGGUGGUCCCACGGCCCGCAAAUCCGACGUCCGGUCCAAGAAGAAGCUCACGCGGAGGAAGCGAUCUCCAGCACAGGAGCUCACCGACGAACAGCUAGACGAGAAGGCCAGGUUGCGGCGGGAGAAGGAGCUUGAGAAACAGAGAAAGAUAAAGUCAGCAGCGAGAGUGCAUUCUAGUGACGAGGAGAGUGAUCAGGAGGCGGACGCGGCCUUCUUUGCGCGCGAGAAGGAGAGGAUGGCUGCUCGUAACGCGUUGUAUUCGCGACUGGCGCGUAACCCAGGCGAGGUUGCAGCCGAGAAAGCAGCGGGCAAGACAAAAGUGCCCGUCCUGCUCAGCGACGACAGUGGUGAUGAGGACAAUGUGACAUCUGCAGAACGGAGUAAGCGUAGGAAGAGGAAGUCGGAAUCGGUUGUUGGGGAUGAAGAGGAUGGGGAUCGUGGCAGCGACGGGGACAGUGAGGACGUUGGGACGCCGGCCCGCGAUGCGCCAGAAACUAAACCCUUGCCCAAACGCCGGAAGAAGGCAACGGCGUUUGUGGUCAGCAGCGAUGAGGAGGAUAGCGGCGACGAGGCCCCUAUCAACACAAGGGGCCAGUCGAGUCAGCGUAGCGCGGCAGAGGACGCCAUGGAGACGGACGAGACGCCGUUGUCUUCCAGCCCUCACAAGACCAAGACUACGGAUGUCGAGAUGGCUAAUGAUGAUGAUCAUGACGAAGAAGAUACGCCCGUCAAGGCUCCUACGCAGAGGCGUCCAAGAGCCAAGGCUGGCUUUGUGUUGGAUAGCAGUGAUGAGGAAUAG